GGCCACCAAGCUCCUGUUCAGGUACCCCUUCCAGCGCCGCCCGGAGCACCCGGCGUCCCCGACCAAUAAGCCCCGUGGCAGGUAUGCUGUUAACAACACAGGUGACCAUGGCGAGGACCAGGACGGCCACUCCAGGUUUUCCGAUGCUAUUCUGGCAACAAUUCUGGCAACCAAGUCUGAGAUGUGUGGCCAGAAGUUUGAGCUGAAGAUCGAUAACGUGCGGUUUGUUGGGCACCCAACCCUGCUACAGCACGCUCUGGGGCAGGUCUCUAAGACAGACCCGUCCCCAAAGAGGGAAGCACCUACCAUGAUCCUCUUCAACGUGGUGUUUGCACUGAGGGCCAACGCUGACCCGUCCGUGAUCAGCUGUCUGCACAACCUGUCCCGGCGCAUCGCGACUGUCCUGCAGCACGAAGAGCACCGCUGCCAGUACCUCACCCGGGAGGCCAAGCUGAUCCUGGCGCUCCAGGACGAGGUGUCCGCCGUGGCCGACGCCAGUGAAGGUCCUCGGUCCCCAUUCCACCACAUCCUGCCCAAGUGCAAGCUGGCCAGGGACCUCAAGGAGGCGUACGACAGCCUGUGCACAUCUGGCGUGGUGAGGCUGCACAUCAACAGCUGGCUGGAAGUGAGCUUCUGCCUGCCCCACAAGAUCCACUACGCGGCUUCGAGCCUGAUCCCCCCUGAGGCCAUCGAGCGGAGCCUGAAAGCCAUCCGCCCCUACCAUGCCCUGCUGCUGCUCAGCGAUGAGAAGUCCCUGCUGAGCGAGCUCCCGGUUGACUGCUCCCCGGCCCUGGUGCGAGUAAUCAAGACCACAUCUGCCGUGAAGAACCUGCAGCAGCUGGCCCAGGACGCAGACCUGGCCUUACUGCAGGUGUUCCAGCUGGCGGCUCACCUGGUGUACUGGGGCAAGGCCAUCAUCAUCUACCCGCUGUGUGAGAGCAACGUCUACAUGCUGUCCCCGCACGCCAGCGUGUGCCUGUACUCUCCGCUGGCCGAGCAGUUCUCCUGCCAGUUCCCCUCCCACGACCUGCCGUCUGUCCUUGCCAAGUUCUCCUUGCCUGUGUCCUUGUCAGAAUUUAGGAGCCCCCUGGCGCCCCCUGUGCAGGAGACCCAGCUGGUCCAGAUGGUGCUGUGGAUGCUGCAGCAUCGGCUCCUCGUGCAGCUGCACACCUACGUGUGCCUCAUGGCCGCCCCGAGCGAGGACGAUGAGGCCCCGGCCCCUGCCCGGGUGGGAGGCCGCAGCCUCAGCACACCCAACGCCCUCAGCUUUGGCUCCCCAAGGCGUCUGACCGGUGCCCCCAGCCAGCAGCGACGAUAUGACCCUGACCAGCCCCAGUGUGGACAACUCCAGCGCAGAGCUGCUCCCCAGUGGGGACUCGCCUCUGAGCAGGAGGGUGACGGAGAGCCUCCUGGCCAGCCUGUCAGAGCACGAGCGGGCCGCCAUCCUCAGCGUGCCUGCAGCCCAGAACCCAGAGGACCUCCGCAUGUUUGCCAGGCUCCUGCACUACUUCCGCGGCCGCCACCACCUGGAGGAGGUCAUGUACAGCGAGAACACGCGGCGCUCCCAGCUACUCGCACUCCUGGACAAGUUCCGCAGCGUGCUGGUGGUGACCACCCACGAGGACCCUGUCAUCGCCGUCUUCCAGGCCCUGCUGACAUGAGCCGGGCACAGGCUGGGGAGGCUGCGGGACACGGUGGCACCAGCCUCUCCCACCGUGGUCCUGUGCCGGUCAUCACCCGUCCGCCCAGCCGGGGCUCGAGGGCCCGGGUUGGUGCAGCUGUACCAGAGCAGCCCGCCUCCUGCCAUACACUGGUUGCUCUGCCCAGGACCCCGCCCCAGAGUCCCCGUCCUACAGGAGCUGGCUGCAGACAGUCGAUUCUGGGGGCUCUGGCUGAGUUUUCUGGAAAUAAAGCAUUUAUUUGUCUUUUAGCAGUUUAAAA